AGCUUUCUUCCUGUAUAUUUACAAAAGGUUGGACAGUAGUUUCAACUGAGUUGUGUGCAAGCCAAAGUCAGAUCAGUCUUCUCAAACUGUCUGGUUACCUCUCUUGUAUCGUUUCAGUGUGAAGUGCUUUUCGUUUCUUUUCUCCUCGAUUACCGCUUAUAUAUCUCUCUCGCUAAUGUCUUCUUCUACUACCUCGAAUUAUGAGCCAGGGGGCUUCAUGCAGUCGCCUCUUUCCUCACCGGCUCCCUUAACAUCUACCGACACUCCAUCCAUUCUCCCAAAGCCAAGAUCGCAUCCCCUCAAACCAGGUUCAGCAAAAGAAGCUUUUGUUAUCAAUCAUGUCGAUAAGACUAUUUUAACCAUCAAUCGUCGACAUGCCAAGAAAUUUAGCAGCGUAUUUGAUGAUCAAGCCCAGCAAGAAUCGGAAAAGGGGUAUGAGAGUUUCAAAGAAGUGGCUAAAGAUAUUGAGGGCUUGGUCGAUGUCCUUUGGGUUACUGGGACCCCCUCUCUUCAAAUACCGUAUUUGAUUUCUCUGGCGGUGUACAUUAACACAUAUCUCCCGGAAUAUCCUUUUUCUCCAAAGGCGACUUUCCGACUUCUCAAGAAGCUGGAUUCCAUAUUCGCAUCUCUACUAACAGGAGAAGAUGCCGACUCCGGGGCCCCCUUGGCAGGCUUCGAGACAAGACGCAAUAUCGUGUCUAUGACGGAGAAGGUUAGAAUCAAAAGCAUUGCCGAGACUUGCCGUGUAGCUGUUGUGGAGGCUAGAGAGCAAGUUGAUGGACCCGACGAUGAAGACGCAGAUGACUUCAGUGAUGAGGACGAUGACAUGGAUGACGUCUUCGGCACCGAGGAUUAUCUAGCUCUAGCCAGGUGGGAGAUGGAGACCGCAAGGGUCUUUGAGAAGACGAUUCAAUUACUGGGCGAUGAGCUAGGGAAAGCGGGGGAAUUCUGUGACACUGUUUUGGCUCCUGGAGAUACUUGUCAGGCUGAAACUGAGUAAACUAGACAUUCCCUAAGGACUUGUGUAAAUUUGCCCAUCGCCUGUCAACGAACAAGAUACGUUGCUAUCUGAUCCCCAGCAAUCUAAAUCUGCAAUGUCAUUUGAAACUGCAUUCAACUCUGGCUCUGUGAUCGCCGUUUUCAGUUUAUUUGCGGCCGUGACUUUCUCGAUGGAUGUCAUCUGACAAGUGAGAGCUUUCUCUACUAGGUGACCUGCAGAUCUUUCUUCCUGUUUACUGCGUACAAACAUCCAUGCAUUAUAUAGUGACGAUUGCAUUCAUAUAUCCAUCUAUCUAUUCAUGCCUUA